CUAAAGCACAAGAACCUAAUAAGCCUCGGUUCUCUCGAAUUCUGUCUCUUGAGUCACAACUUAAAGGAAAACCACAAGAUUCUUGACUGAAGAAGAAUAUCUGAUCGAGGGAAUUUUUCAACAUGUCGAGUCACAGACAUAUUGCUGAUGGCCGGAGACUGGGAAAAGCGCCGGAGAAAUCCAACUUCGUGCAGACAUGCAAUCUACUAAGUCGGUAUAUUAAGGAGAAAGGAAGUCUCAGAGAUUUGAAUCUUGAAAUUGGUGGAAAAGUUGAGAGUCUCGAAGCCAUAGUGAAGCCCGGGACAUCGAUCUCUCCACCAGCUUCUGCAACAAUUUAUAAAGUGAAAUCAGCACAGCCCUUGACAGAUCAGCACCCACCCAUAACUCCUCAUGACUCCUCCAUUAAUACAGCAGAACAUGCUCCACAUAAACAGACAAGCAAAGAGGCGAUGACAGAGAAUCCCAAGACUGCUCAGUUGACGAUUUUCUACUCGGGUAAAGUGUUGGUUUUUGAUGAUUAUUCGGCCGACAAGGCCAGAGAACUCAUGGCAUUUGCCCGGAAAGGGAGCUCUAAAAUGUCGUACGGCAUUUUGUCGAACACCUUGGGAGAAAGGCCGAGCCCCGGCGCUGUUGUGGCCCCUACCCUGGCCUCCACCUCCACCCCACGAGAUGGACUUCCGCCACGGCCUCAAGCGAGUAGCUAUAAUAAGGGUGUCGGCAUUUCACCGGACACUUGUAAGGACAAAUCGAACGCUGCAUUUGCUGGGUCUGUGGCAUCGAAUUUCAGAGCAGAGGAACGGGUUUCUUCACAGUCGGAGGCUAACGAUUUUGAUUUACCAAUUGCAAGAAGGUCAUCACUUCAUCGGUUCCUUGAGAAGAGGAAAGAGAGGGCUGCUGGUGGAGGGCCUUAUCAAGUUGAAGGACAGGCAGCAGCAGCCUCUCCUUCCAAGGGAGAUGAGGGGCAGCUUGACCUCAAAUUAUAGCCAUUUCUCCACUACUACAACUUCAAACAAUUAGGGUUUCAUAUUUGAGUUUUUAGUUGAGAGAAUUCCUAGCUAGGUUUGUUGUAAUUGUUUGAUUUUUUCAAGUAUUUGUUAGUGUUAUAUGUCAUUAAUUACUAGAGAAAAAAAAAUUAUAUUUGUACAUAGUGAUCUUCACCACUUUGAGUACCACAACCCAUUUUCAUUCUUAUUAA